AGGCAGUACCUGUGGGAAGUCAUGACGGACUUUUGGCUGAUUUCUGUUCCACUGGACAAAACAAGUUUAACCAGUGUAGAGAAACUCAAGCGCACCAUUGCCAAAACCAACCUGGCCUCCUCCUGCUGCAGGUUCUCCAUUCCAGAUCUUAAGGUGGGAGUACUGGACAGUCUGCUCAGCGUGUCAGAUGAUCUUUCCAAACUCGACACGCUGACUGAAAGUGUGAUCAAAAAAACAUGCCAGUGUAUGAAGGAGGUGCUGGAGUCUAGUGACAAAGUGCUGGAAAAUGCUUUGGCCAAUGGAGUUGACUUGAUGAACUUCAUGAUCAAGUUUCAGUGGGACAAAGCAAAAUAUCCUACAUCUCUAACUCUCUCCAGUCUGGCAGAAAUCAUCAACAAGGAAGUUUCGCAGGUGGAGGCAGAGUUAAAAUCUCGUUCUGCAGCGUACAACAGUGUGAAAGCGAGCUUGCAAAACCUCGAGCACAAACUAGAUGGCAAUUUACAAACUUGCAGUCUGAAUGAUGUCGUGAGAAAAGAAGACCUGGUGGUCUCAGAGUACCUCACCACUCUGCUGGUAGUGGUAGCCCGAGGGAGCUACUCGCAAUGGGAGAGGAGUUACGAGUCCUUUUCAAAAUUUGUGGUUCCGCGGUCGAGCAGGAAGCUGUAUGAGAAUGGAGAGGGGGGAGUCUUCUCAGUGACACUUUUCAAAAGAGCUGUGUGUGAAUUCAAAGCCAAAGCCCAGGAAAGCAAGUUCUUCGUGCGGGACUACAGCUUUGAUCUGGAGGAGCAGAAGCAGCGGGAGAUUAUGCAGCUUAGUUUUCACAAAAAGGAGCAAUAUGGAAUCUUUGUACGCUGGCUGAAGGUGAAUUUCAGUGAAGUGUUUGUUGCCUGGAUUCACUUGAAAGCGUUGCGGGUGUUUGUGGAAUCAGUCCUGAGGUAUGGGUUACCUGUGAAUUAUCAGGCUCUUCUACUGCAGACUGACAGGAAGCACUCGAAGAAACUCAAAGAAGAACUCGCUUCACUGUUUGUGCAUCUGGACCCCACCGCCAGCAUUACUGAUGUGAGCUGUGACAUCCCAGGACUCUGUCAGCAGGAGUACUUCUCCUACAUCUGCUUUCAUAUCAGCACCAACGUGUUGGACAUCAGCUAG